AACUUGCCGGAUCAAAGGUCUUUAUGAGUUAUCACUGGAAUUCGCCCAGGCGCUCAGACAGUCACAGGCAGGCGGACUGUUGUACCAGCACUUUGACCGCGCCAGCUCCACUCCUCCACGUUAAUCCUCAGGUCUGUCAAAAAACAAAAACAAAAAAAACAAAAACAGCAAUCAUGGACAACAUCCAUGACACAGUAGUUGAGGGAAAUGUGCAUGAAGAGCGCCGUAAUAGAGCGGACAGCCCCGGGCGAGAGAACCCAGGUGAGGCGAGGGAGCAGCUGUACAGCGAGGUGCAGGUCCACUCCCCUGCGGGGGGAGAUCGCGGCUCGCCGGACUAUAUGGAAAUAAGGGACGGGGACAGACACAGGUGCUCGUCCCCUUCAUCCAGCGACGACGAUGAGGUUAAAGCCGAGGAGGUUGCAGAGCAAAAAGCGGCGGCGGUGGAGCCGGAGCCUGUGGUGGAGGUGAGGGUAGAGCAGGUGAACGGCGAGGCGCACAGCGGAUCAUGGCGUUCAUCGGCCUCCUCAGCAUCCUCCGCCUCCCCUGGAGACCCGUGCGACGACCAGUCGGUCCAGCCGAGGAUACAGGAUGAGGAUAACGCCGAGGAUGGGAUGCUGAUGGCGUACACCCACCCCAACACUGACGCCAAGCUGGACGAGUCUGUCGACUACAGCCUGACAACUCUGGAGAGCGUCACCCUGGAUGAGAGCAGAGCUGCACCGGCUGAACCCAGCCAGCCUGAAGUCUCUCUGUUCGUCAAGGCAGGCAGUGAUGGAGAGAGUAUUGGAAACUGUCCCUUCUCUCAGCGCCUCUUCAUGAUCCUCUGGCUCAAAGGAGUCGUGUUCAACGUCACCACCGUCGACCUCAAGAGAAAGCCAGCAGAUCUGCACAACCUGGCCCCAGGGACACACCCUCCUUUCCUGACCUUCAACGAAGAGGUCAAGACCGAUAUCAACAAGAUUGAGGAGUUUCUUGAGGAAAUGCUCUGUCCUCCGAGGUAUCCCAAACUAGCCGCCAAGCAGAGGGAGUCCAACACAGCUGGAAAUGACAUCUUUGCCAAGUUCUCAGCCUACAUCAAGAACACCAAACUGGAGGCCAAUGCUGUUCUAGAGAAGGGUUUAACCAGGGCCCUGAAGAAGCUGGAUGACUACCUGAACAGCCCCUUGCCAGAUGAGAUCGAUGCAGACAGCAUGGAAGAGGAGAAGGGCUCAAGCAGAUGCUUCCUGGAUGGGAACGAGCUUACUCUCGCAGACUGCAACCUGCUGCCUAAACUGCACAUAGUCAAAGUUGUUGCUAAGAAGUACCGUAACUACGACAUCCCCUCAGACAUGACGGGUGUGUGGCGGUACCUGAAGAAUGCCUACACACGUGAUGAAUUCACCAACACCUGCGCUGCUGACUCUGAGAUCGAGACCGCCUACAAAGAUGUUGCAAGGAGACUGGCAAAAUAAUUUGCCUACCAAGCUCAAACAAAAAAAACUAGCAGCAGAACACAAAAAACAUCACUUUCAAACAUGCAUGUGACUGUCCUUUAGAGUCCUCUUCAGUGACAUUUUUCUAAGAACCUGCAAUUUUUGUCUGUUUUAGCAAACAGGUCAGAUGUUGCAGGUGUCUUUCUUGUACAGUGGCUUGUAAUGCUCCAGAUGUGAUGGAUGUCACAGAAUCAGUGCAUAGUGUGUAUGGUAUUACAAUUACAGAAACAGACAUUACAAAACAGAAGUGGAGCAGAAUAUAAAUCAGUCACAAUAAGCUUAAUUCACAAGUAUCAAACCAGAUUCAAAUUUUGCUGCUGUGACACUUCUGAAAUAACCCUUUUUCACUCAAAUGUGAUUGUGUCUGUCUGUAUUCAUUUCUCAUAACACAAAGCUCUCUUUCAUACAUACUCCACUGGACCACACAGCCAAACUUUUUACUAGCUGCUGAUGUCAGGGUUGUUCACUUUAUUUAUUCCUAAGCUUACAGAAGUCUAGUCUGACUCCAGUGCUUAUUAUCAAGUUCUGGCUCCUGCGGAGACACUUUGAUUAAUUUAUGAUUGAUGCUCUUAAUUGUUUGCUGAAUAUGACUGUUGCAAUCUGCAGACUCAUUCUGAUUGUCAUUCAUUAUUGUAGGUGUUGCUCUAGUUGUUUUUUUCCCUCAAGCUUAUAAUUACCUUGAAAAUUCACUCCUGCUUCUGAAAGGUUGAUUUUUAAGACAGAUUGAUUUUAAAUAUAAGAUGAUAUGCUUGAAGACAUUAGUUCAAAAGAACAAAAAUUAGCAGAUGAGGGAAUCUAUAGCUUAGAACAAAGCUUGUUUCUGAAUUGUUUGCAUGCAUGAAUCUGUUUUAAAUUGUAAUAUUCAAACCUGAUAUAGAGCCUCUUUUUAAGAUAUGAAAAUUCCUCAUUUACAGUAUGUGCCUUUAUUUGAAGCAUCAAAAGUCCAUGCCAAUGUCACUGAUGGACUCAUUAUGAAAAAUGUAUUGCAGCCAGAGCUGAGACAUUUGUUUUGCCUCUAGCUAUUAGUGCUCAGUCUAGGUAUUGAUUUUGUCUUAAGUUACAGAUGAUAUUAUGAAUGGAGAGAGUAUUUAUUUAGCAGCCCCAAUCAGGCCUGAUUAGCUAGAGCCAUUAGCGCUGCGAUGAAAAGCGUCUUCCAGGCCAGGUCCACAAUGGUCAGGAGCCCUGCCCUCCAGCUCUUGAUCAAAGGGACAUUUCCUCCACUCUGAGGAGUCUAUCAACUUCCACAGCCUAGAAGUUCAAGUUCAAAAGUUUCAUUGUCCAUGCAGAGGAGGAUGGAAAUUUGUCUUGGGUCUUAUCGUCUUUGGCUUGGUGUCAGGCUGCAACUAUAGCGAGACUUCCUUGAAGAACCAUAAGGCGCUUGUGUGGUUUGGACAAACGUGAUAUGAAAUUGGAGCAUGAUGACUGAGAGGCUUGCUCAUUGCAAAGCUCUACAAAU